AUGGAGCGGCCAACUCAUUCAAAAGCCGCUCCGGAACAGAGAGUGGUGCUAGCGAACAAGCAUGGCGAGAAUCUUGUGGGGAUGCUGCAUCACGCGGGGUCGAACAAGGUUGUAGUCCUGUGCCAUGGCUUCGCAGCUUGCAAGGAUGAUAGCAUCAUGAUUGAUCUUGCGGCUGCCUUGACAAAGCAAGGGAUUAGUGCGUUUCGCUUUGAUUUCAGUGGAAAUGGGUAUGUUUGCUCGUUUAAUCAUGCAUCUACCUUUAUGCUUCCUGAUUAUGAACCUGUAAUCUCAUAUCUUUACCAGGAGAAGUAUGAUGUAACAGCAAUUGUUGGUCACAGCAAAGGUGGAAGUGUGGUGGUUCUAUAUGCCUCCAUCUACGGCGAUGCUCACAUGGUUGUUAACCUUUCUGGUCAAUUUUAUUUGGAGAAAGGCAUUGAAGAGUGUCUAGGCAAAGAAUUUAUGGAUAGAAUAAACAAAGAAGGCUAUAUUGACGUCAUGAACGAAUCAGGAAAGGUUUUGUACAGAGUAACAAAAGAAAGCCUGAUGGAACGGUUGAACACUGAUAUGCAUGCAGCAAGUCUUUCCAUCAGCAAGGAAUGCAGGUUCUUCACAGUUCAUGGUUCAGCUGAUAAGAUCAUACCUGUGGAAGAUGCAUAUGAGUUUGCAAGGCUUGUAACGAACCACAAGCUGCAUGUCAUUAAGAGAGCAAAUCAUGGCUAUACUUCUCAUCGUAAACAGCUCUGUGAUGCUGUAAUAAACUGCAUCACAUCCAACGAGGCAGGGAACACCCCACCCUAG